AUGAAGUCCUUUAUAACAUGUAAUGAUUUACAUGAGGUUGGGUGUAUUGGACCCAAGUACACUUGGUGCAACAAUAAGAAGAGAGCUGAAAGAAUCCUUGAGAAGUUAGAUAGAUGUCUUCUAAAUUCAGCAGCUUUGAAAUCUUCUCACCGUUUGGGGGUUAGGCAUUUGGCUAGAGUUGCAUCGGACCAUUGUCCGAUUUUGUUGAACUUAUUGGAUUUCAACUUUCCGUGUAAGAAGAAUAUCAAGUUUGAAGAUAUAUGGGCCUCAAUUCCAGCUUCAAUGGCAGUGGUUAGAGAUGCAUGGAGGAGAAAAUCUGUUGGAGAAUUUCCUCAAAUUCUGAAUCAGAAGGUGAAUAGAUCUCUAAAGGCUUUGUGUUAUUGGAGUAGAACUAAGUACAAAGACUUAAAUCAAUCUAAAGAUGAGCUAAAUAAAGAAAUUUUGGAUUUGCAAUUGAAGGAGGCUGAAUUCGGUCUUCUUUCAGAUGAGGAUAUGUGGCUAUUGAAAACAAAAAUCGAUGCUUAG